CGAGUCCCCAUAGGCCCCUGCGCGACUCCGGCUGGGCAGGAUUCCGGACAACGCCUGGUUCCUCUCGGGUCCUUCCGGCGUCGCCGGAGUGAAUUGAUCCGGGAGUUGAAGAGGGCUCCAAAGGUGGGAAGUGAAGUCAGUGCCUCAGUUGCCGGUCAGUAUAUGUUUUGUGCCCUAUUUUAUCACAAAAAAGAGAAGAAAUACUGCAGUGAAUGAAGAUUCCUCUGCAUUUUAGCACUGCCUUUUCUACUGUAGUUGGCUUUUGAAUGAGGAUGACAAUGGAAGAGAUGAAGAAUGAAGCUGAGACCACUUCCAUGGUUUCUAUGCCCCUCUAUGCAGUCAUGUAUCCUGUGUUUAAUGAGCUAGAACGAGUAAACCUGUCUGCAGCUCAGACACUGAGAGCAGCUUUCAUUAAGGCUGAAAAAGAAAAUCCAGGACUCACGCAAGACAUCAUUAUGAAAAUUUUAGAGAAAAAAAGUGUAGAAGUUAACUUCACAGAGUCCCUUCUUCGAAUGGCAGCUGAUGAUGUAGAAGAGUAUAUGAUUGAACGACCAGAGCCAGAAUUCCAGGACCUAAACGAAAAGGCACGAGCACUUAAACAAAUUCUCAGUAAGAUCCCAGAUGAGAUCAAUGACCGAGUGAGGUUUCUGCAGACAAUCAAGGAUAUAGCUAGUGCAAUAAAAGAACUUCUUGAUACAGUGAAUAAUGUCUUCAAGAAGUACCAAUACCAGAACCGCAGGGCACUUGAACACCAAAAGAAAGAAUUUGUAAAAUACUCCAAAAGUUUCAGUGAUACUUUGAAAACCUAUUUUAAAGAUGGCAAGGCAAUAAAUGUGUUCAUAAGUGCCAACCGACUAAUUCAUCAAACCAACUUGAUACUUCAGACCUUCAAAACUGUGGCCUGAAAGUUGUAUAUGUUAAGAGAUGUACUUCUCAGUGGCAGUAUUGAACUGCCUUUAUCUGUAAAUUUUAAAGUUUGACUGUAUAAAUUAUCAGUCCCUCCUGAAGGGAUUUAAUCCAGGAUGUUGAAUGGGAUUAUUGCCAUCUUACACCAUAUUUUUGUAAAAUGUAGCUUAAUCAUAAUCUCACACUGAAGAUUUUGCAUCACUUUUGCUAUUAUCAUUCUUUUAAGAAUUAUAAGCCAAAAGAAUUUACGCCUUAAUGUGUCAUUAUAUAACAUUCCUUAAAAGAAUUGUAAAUAUUGGUGUUUGUUUGACAUUUUAACUUGAAAGCGAUAUGCUGCAAGAUAAUGUAUUUAACAAUAUUUGGUGGCAAAUAUUCAAUAAAUAGUUUACAUCUGUUAAACAUUUCUUUACUUGAAAAAAUACAUAUAUAUAUAUGUGUAUAUAUAUAUAUAUAUGAAUAUAUAUAUAUAUGAUCAGAAGACCAAGACAACUUGGUGUAAUGUCUAAAGAACUUCUAACGGGAGCUUACUAGCAGUUUAUCAGAUAAUAAAGCAACAAGAAUUCUAUUUUUUGGUCCUUAGUCACUCUGGGCAAACAGUAGCCAAUGGAAAUAUUUUUGUUAGUUAUUAUAUAUGAGGUACUGAAUAUUUUUGCAACCUGUUUUAAGAAACUUAUGAGAAAGAAAUGGCAGUUUAUAGUGUCUUCACACUGUAAUGUCACUUCUUGAACUCUGUGACAAUGUAAAGUUAAGUUUUUCUGGUAUGCUGGGCCCUACCUAAUAAGCUUUGUACCUUUUUUUUCCAAAAAUAGCCACAACUAAUAGUAAUUUGGAGCUAUACCAGUGCUAGUUGGUUUGGAAUUGUCAUGAGUUAUAAAUGUUAUACACACUCUUUAAAUAUAUAGAGCUUUGUUUCAUCAUAGAGAAGUUUUACGGAAAUUAUGUAUCAGGUGAUCAUAUUAAGUGAUUUCAUUUUUCAAUUAUGAUAAAAUAAAGGGAAACUCAGGAUUUGUUUAUCUUUUAUAAAGAUUUUAAAUGUUAAGCUAAAUUUCUGUUUGGCAAUACAAAUUUCUUUGCUAUAAUGCAAUUUAGGUUUUUUUUUAACUUUUUUCUUUUCUAAAAAUAUAAAGAAUUACUAUCUUGGGCAACAUAAGAGGAUAUCAUCCUAUUAGAUAUGAACAGGAAAUAUAUGGAAAGAAGCAAAAAAAAAUAGACAAUUGGAUGAAAUCUUAUCAUUUAUGGACAUUUUACUGAAUUUUUUUUUUUUUUUCAAAAGUUCAUAGUAAAACAAGUGGAAUUGGUGAUUUUAAUACUAUUUAUUUUUGAUAUAAAUUAUUCACUCUUGGAAGUAGACAGAUGGUUGUUUGCAAAAUAGACUUGUGAAUAUAUGAAGAAAAAAUAUACUGUUUUAUCUUUUUCUGAGCAGCAGACUUUUAUAACAUAAACUAAUACUAUAUUCCCUCCAGUUGUCCUGACCUCUUUAACGGAACUCACCAGUUACCAGCCAUUCCCCAAAUCAUCUGUUUUUAUAAGCCAUCUGUCUUUCCAUUUCACUGUCCAGUAUCCCUGGUUUCCAUUUACAUGAAGUUUACCACAAAGUUUACUCAGAAGGGGGGUUUGUUCUCAGGAUAAUGCAGUUUCCUACAUGAUCCUAAUGGGGCCGCGUUUGGGUCAGUGAGGAAAGGGUCAAUAUGGUCCUAGUCAGAUUCAUCUCCAGAGAACAGGAAAAAAAGGAGGAGGAGAAAACAUUUGUUGAGCACCCUUCUCUUUGCCAAGAAUACUUUGCCAAGUAUUCUAAAUACAUUCAUUGAAUUUAAUUCUCUUAACAGUCCCAUGAUUUAGCUGUCUGCCUUGCAGUUAAAGAAACUGGCUACCGGCACUUAAAAUUACAAAGCUAGUAACUGCUGGUGCAGGGAUUUGAAUUCAGUGUUUGCCUCCAUGAUCCUUCCACUGAUCUGUACUUCAUUCAUUGCUGAAAAUCCAUCUGGCUUAGAAUACUAAUUCCCUAACACCACCUGACAAAACACUCCUCGUCCACAGGGAAAUGGGAAAAAUCAGGACAGUGUGAGAAGUUUUGAGAAGUUUUAAAUCUAAAUUUCUGCAUUUUAGAGGCCCAUUCUCUCUCUCUCUCUCUCUCUCUCUCUCUCCCCCCCCCCCCCCUCGUAUUAUUCCUAUGUUUUGGAUGUUUAAAAUGUUCCCUCUUCACACUUUUUUAAAUAUAAUAGAUGUUAGGGUUUUGUUUUUGUUUUUUUUUAAGUGAUUGCAGUUUAAAUAACUUUAUUAGCCAAACAUGAAGUUCACAACCCAGUAUCACAAUUCCUCCUAAUUGUUUUUUUAACAUUAUUUUUCUAUAUGGAAAUGAUUUAAAAUUUACCAAAAAUUGGCAAGACUUAGAAUGGUACGAAGAACAUCAAUACAUCUUUUAUCCAGAUACACCUAUUGUUUAGAGCUUACCAUUUUUUAAUCAUUUGGUUGUUCAUUUGCCCUCAACUCCCCUUUACUCUAGAUCAUUUCCAUGUCUGCCUUUGUCUUUACGGCAUUGAUAGGACAUGUUUUUGAAGAAUGCAGUCUUUUGACCCCCCACCCCCCACCCUUUGUAGAAUGUUCCUCAUUUGGAGUUUCCUCAUUAGAUUCAGGUUAUUCAUUCUCAGAAUACUCCAUCGUUGAAACUGCGUCAUCAGAGUAUCACAUCUAGAGUCACAGUGUCUAUCUGCUAUUGGUGAUGUCAGUUUUGGUCACCUGGUCAAGGUGUUUUUCAGUUUCUCCAAUAUAUAGUUACUAUUUUUUACCUGGUGUCUACUAAACAAUCUGAGGAAGACUCUUUUUUAAGUCUGUGUUAACAUCACCAUAUUCCACCAGGAUUUAGCAGCCUUUGGUGAUUUUUCCAACUCCAGCAUCCUGUCCUCUACUGUAAGCAGGAGCCCUCCUCUGUCCCCAUCCAGUCAUUCAUCUAUGCUUAUCUAUGUGCACUUUUAUAUUUACUAUUGUUUUGGACUCCUGGUUGUCUAUUUUUUCAGUGGCUUAUAAUUCAUUACUUACUUUGGUGCUUAAAUUGUCUUAAAUUUGCUCAAUGGGAGAUCCUUCAGUCUGGCUCCUAUGCCCUUGUGGCAUCCGUUUUAAUUUUUUUUUUUUUUUUUUUUUUUUAGCACAUUUUCCUAAAUAAAAGAUGUUCUAGGAUCUAGAAUUAGCGGUUUCUUCAAGAAACUCCUGGGGAGUGAUAUUAGACACGUAGGUCUGGUUGCUAGGUGUCAUCUCUUUCUAGGCCUGUUCAGACAGAUUUAGGAAAUGUGCCUGUACAUACGUAAACGUAAUAUGAAUGCACCAUGUACAUUUCACAGGUACUUCUAUACGCAUCGUGUUUGAUUUCAGAAACCAUGACUUCACACUGAUAAUUGCAGUUCCAGGCCAUCCUCAGGGUUCUUUCUUGCUUUCUCCAUUCCAUAUUUCUCUGUCUCUCUUUCUUCCGAAUUGGGGCACUCCAAAAAGUUCAUUUAUUCACUCAGUCAGUCCUGUAGUACAUCUAAAAUAGUGCUGAGAAUUGUUUUGCCCGUGUCACUGUAAAAAACACUUAAAAGCUUGUUUACAGUUCUCUCCCCACUUGUACUCUGCCCGAUAAUAAGGGUAUAUAAUUACAUUCUGUGUUCAAAAGUUACUUGGAUUCAUUCUUUUUCCCCUCUUUCACUGUGAUUAUGUUAUUUAUUUGAAAUAAAUCGGAUUCAUUUGUUUCAGUUUUUUUCCAGGUUUAAGGUUCCCCCAAACACACGCACACGUACUUCAUAUCCUUGUUGAUUAGUUUUUAAAAUAUAUGGGAUAUUAGCAUGCUUCUAAAAGUUAGAACUAUACCAAAGGUAUACUGAGAAGUAUUACGGUCUCAUACCCCUUCUGCCCCAUUCUCCAGCCCCUUCAUAGGUAUCCAACUUCACUGUGUCCCAUGAUUCUUUUUAUGAAGAAAAGUAAGUAUGUUUUCUUACCUCCCCCCCCCCCCCCACCUUUUUUCUUACAUUAAAGGUAGCCUGCAUAUAGAGAGACAAGCCCUUUGGCCCAUGAUGAACUUUCCUGGCACACAGGACUUGCAGUGCUAAAACUGGGAGGGCUGACAACUCUGUUUACUUGCUCUUUAAAUUUUUUUUUGUUUACUGUUUAUUUUUGAGAGAGACAGAGACAGAAUGCGAGUGGGUUAGGGGCAGAGUGAGGCAGACACAGAAUCUGAAGCAGGCUCCAAGCUCCGAGCUGUCAGCACAGAGCCCGACGCGGGGCUCAAACUCACGAGCUGUGAGAUCAUGAUCUUAGCCGAAGUCGGCUGCUCAACCAACUGAGCCACCCAGGCGCCCCAGUUUACUUGCUCUUUAAAAAACAAAACAAAAACUGUAUUGAUGCAUACUGUACGUAUUAUAAAAUUCACAUACAUAUCUUGAAAGAAUAACUUUGUUGAGGUAUAAUGUCACAAAAUUAACUCAUUUUAAAGAGUUGUGCAACCUGACCAAACUUCAGUUUUAGGGACAUUUUCAUCAGUCCAGUAAACCUUAUCAUGCCUGGUUACAGUUACUCUGUGUUCCCACCACACCCUGCCUUCUCUCCUGUUCCAGGCUACCACUAGCUACUUUCUUUGUCUAGACUUACAUUUCAUAUAAAUAGAAUCCUACACUAUUCUCUUUUGAGUCCGGCUUUCUUUUAGUUAGUAUAAUAUUUUUACGUUCAACCAUGUCAUUGCAUAUGUCAGCAUUUCUAUCAGUAUUCUUAAUGCUAAAUAGCAUUCCAUCCUAUGGACUCAUAUUUUGUUUAUUCUUUUAAUAGUCAGUGGACAUUUGAGUUGCUUCCUUUUUGGCCCUGAUGCACAAGUGCUGCCAAGAUCGUUCAUGUGCAAGUCUGUUUGUCUUUGGUUUUCAUUUCUUUGGGGUAAAUACCUGAGACUGGAAUUGUUGGGUGUGCGAUUUAAUUUAUAUUUAACUUUUUAAGAAACCAUCAUACUGUUUUCUAAGUGGCUAUAGUGUUUUACAUUCCCACCAGCAAUGUAUGAGGGUUCCUGUUUCUCCACAUCCUUACCAACAUUUGUUAAUGACUAAUUUUUAUCACAGAUGUUCUUGUAGAUACAAAGUGUUAUUUCAUGUUUAAAUUUGCAUUUCGCUAAUGACAAAGUUGAGCAUCUUUUCAUUUGCUUAUUAGUUAUUUCACAUAUAUGCUCUUACAGACUUUGCUUUUUCACUUAGCAUGGCCUGAAGUCUCUCUAUGUAAAUUCAUAAAGAUUAUCUUUCUCUUUCUCUGUCUCUCUCUUUAUCUCUAUCUUUCUCUUUGUUGUGGCCUUGCAUUCCAUUGUGUGAGAGGUACAUAGUUUUAUCCAAUCAAUCUGCAAUGCUUGGGCAUUCAGGGAGUUGUCAAUAUUUUGCAAAAUUACAGAUAAUGUUACAGUGAAUGAUCUUACAUAUUUCUGUUUUGUUUGAAAUAUACCUUCAGGGUAGAUUCCAAAAAGUGGGAUUACUGAGUCAAAGGACAUACGCAUAUGUACUUUUAUUACGUAUUGCCAAAUUCUUUUCAUAAAGGUUGUGGUAAUUCACAUUCUACCAGGAAUGUUUGAGACUUUGUUCCCCCAAAACUUCACUAACAAUAUAUUGUCAAGCUUUUGCAUUUUUGCCAAUCUGAUGGGUGAAAAAUGGUAUCUCAUUGUAGCUUUAAUUUGCAUUUCUCUCACUAUGAGUGAACUUAAAUAUCUUUCAUGUUUAAGCACCAUUUUUAUAUCUUUGUGAUUUUGAAUUUGCUCAUGCAUUUUUUUAUCAUACUUUUUUUUGUUAUUAUUAUGUAGACAAAUUUAACAAUUCCUUCAUGAAACUAUCUGGGCUUGGUGCUUUUUUUGUGGAGUAAUUCUUUGGCAAUUUUAUUUCUCAUAUGCAAAUUGUUUUUGUAAGCUUUCUUUACAGGAGUCCGUUUGUUAAACCAUAUUUUUCUAAGAAAGUAUUCUCUAGGUUUUCAGAUGUAUUUCAUUUGAAGUAAGUGACAUCUUUUAUGUUUAAUUUUUUUUCUCUGUAUCAAUAGCUAUUUGUUGUUAUUUCUUAUUCUGUAUAUUUGCACUUUCUCUCCUUUAUUUUCUUUAUUAAACUAGGAAAUAUUUUGUC